CUACCAUUUCAUCUUUAUACUUAUUGUACCUUUAUAGAUCUGGUUUUGUGCAAACUGUGGAUGGUUUGGACAGCUUGUUUAAGUGACGUUUACAAACAAUAUUUCACCGACAUAACCUCUCAAGAAUGUGAAAGUAUUAAAGUUGAAUAACAUAAUUUUAAUGAAGAGCUAAUCAAAAUACUAGUCAAUAAUGAUAUUUCAAAUCGUGCUGAUAGUGAGCACAAUCAAAUGCUUAUUUAUUCCACUUUACCACUCAACAGAUUUCGAGGUUCACAGAAACUGGUUAGCAAUAACACACAACCUCUCCAUCAAUGAGUGGUACUAUGACGCUACAUCAGAAUGGACUCUGGAUUAUCCACCAUUCUUUGCUUGGCUGGAAUAUUCCUUAUCAUUUGUUGCAAAGUUGUUUGAUCCCCGUAUGUUGCAGUUAGAUAAUUUAAACUAUGCAUCAGAUAUGACUGUGAUAUUCCAAAGAUUAUCUGUAAUUGUUUUAGAUUUGGUUUAUAUUGCUAGUGCAAAGAGUUGUGCAAAUCUUAUUAGUGAUGGUAAGCUGCUUGUGUUCAUUCUGCUAGUGUCUAACCCGGGGCUGCUGAUGGUAGAUCACAUACAUUUUCAAUACAAUGGAUUUUUGUAUGGUUUUCUUCUCUAUUCCAUGUCAAAUAUGAUAAGAGGUAAUUAUGUGUGUGCAGCGCUAUGGUUUGCAGUUCUGCUGAACUUAAAGCACAUUUACCUAUAUGUGGCACCCGUGUAUGUUGUGCAUUUGCUCAGAGCAUAUUGCUUUACCAUAUCAACAAAUGAUGGUGUGCACACUCCAUGGUACUCUUUUUCCUUCAUGAAUUUGCUGAAAUUGGCAAUUACUGUCACUACAGUGUUUGCUCUAUCAUUUGGACCGUUUUUGAACCAUAUACCACAGAUUAUUUCAAGAUUGUUUCCAUUUAAAAGAGGCUUGUGCCAUGCAUACUGGGCUCCCAAUUUCUGGGCACUCUACAAUUUUUCAGACAAGGUGCUGCAGCAUGCUUUACCGCGGGCAGGCAUAGAUGUGCCCAAGGUGGAGGCUUCCAUGACGGGUGGGCUGGUGCAAGAGUUUGAUCAUGUGGUGCUGGCAUCCAUAAAGCCAAUACAUACUAUGGCAUUGACUGCCAUUUUUAUGAUACCAGCUCUGGUAAAACUUUGGCAUCUUGGAGCUGACAGAAAGUACAGAACUGUUAGUUUUGUGAGAUGUCUGGUAUUAUGUGCUACUACGUCGUUCAUGUUCAGCUGGCAUGUUCACGAAAAGGCUAUCCUUUUGAUUUUAAUACCAUUAAGUUUCUUGUCGGUACUCGGCGAUGUUGACGGAAGACUAUUUCUUCUUCUGUCCCCCAUCGGUCACUACUCUUUAUUUCCUUUAUUAUAUCCAAAAAGUCUUCUAUCCAUCAAAAUAUUCAUGUUGUUAAGUCAUAGCGCAAUUGCCUUUGGGAAUAUACCAAGAUUAUAUGAGCAGCCUGUAAAGCCCAAGAAGAAACCUCGGCGUGGUUUCCUACGCCUUCCUAUGCUGGGUCUUCUGGAAUCGUUGUACGUGUAUGGUCUAAUACUACUGUGCGUUUACGAGAAUUUCAUUCAUACUAUCUGGGGUUUGGACAAAACUCUGCCAUUCUUGCCUCUGAUGAUGACUUCGGUUUAUUGCGCUCUUGGAGUUGCGUAUUUCUGGGUUUCAUAUUAUUAUUAUUUCCUUUACUUUAACGUGAGCAGAGUACCAAUGCUGGGCACAGGAAACCUAACGCAGUAUGCUAAGAAAGUAAACUAGGUUGUGUUCAAGAAAAUUCUAUAGGUAACUAUGUAAUUCAUAAUUUAAAUACAGGUAUGAGCAAUGAGAACGGGUCAGUUGAUAAUGGAGAUUUGCAUACAGAGUGACCAGUUUUGCUCAUAAGUUUAGUUACGAAGUGUGUGUAAAUAUGUAAAUACAUUUUUCGUCAAAGUAGGCAUACGAUGGAAGUACCUAACGUCAUAAACUGGUUUAAUGUAAGUAGUCUAAUUUAAAUACAUUGUAGAAAACUAUUAUCAAAAGAAUUUUAAUAAUAAGUGUUUAGGGGUUUUUAAUCAAUAUAAAUCGCGCGCGCGUUUUCCUCGCCUGAGUGCGCCGCCUCGGCCCAGUGUUGGGCAAAAAUCAAUUCGAAUAAUAAUAGGAAUAAAAACAGAAACUCUAUUCUUAUUCCAACAAUGGAAUAAGAAUAAAUCCAUCCCUUUUUAUUUUAAAAUAACAUGAAAUGGAAUAAAUCAUGCAAUUUUUAUUUUUAAUGAAGAAUAAAAGACGGAAUAAUUAUUCCAGAAAUGGAGUUAUUCUAAAUAAGGUUUUAGUGGAAUAACAUGUUAUUUAGAAUAAGAAUGAAGUUCGAAGUUAUCGUUAGGUCAAUCUUGCGAGUCGAUUUACUACCACUUCCUGACGUUCGAUUUGACUCAAAUUUCGUAUACUUGAGUAUCUGGUGGACUUGGUGACUGUGCAAUAUUAUGGUGUCAUGAAGCUGGUCUGAUGAUGGAGCCAGAAGGUGGCCAAAGGAACGCCUAAAGUAAAAAAAAUAAAGACACCGUGUUUCGGCUCAUUCGAUGUGUCUUGGCAAGCACUUUGAUGUUUUAUGAUUUUACUGAACACCUGCGGCUGGCGGCUCUUCAAAAGAUCUUUGAGCAUGUUAUUUUGCCGUUUAAUAAUGUGAAGAAAAUUUAAAUAACAGGUAUUUAAAAAGACCAUGUAAUAACUCAGUAAUAAAUGUUCGGUAACAACAAGAACACUAAAAGCACCGAAGUUAAUU